AUGUCGUCACCUGUCAUUGUCAACCCUCGGCCUCCUCCGGCUCAGCCUCCACCGCAGUCCGGCGUAUCGGGGGCCGGAUCGGGAUCCGCUGCGCCUCCGUCCUCGGACCAAAGCUUUACCACCGUACGCCCGGGACUUCCAGACCGGCGCGUCUCGGAGCACUCGGUCGACAAUGCUUACGUUGAUUUCAUUCUAUUCUGCAAUCCAGCAGUUCCCCUCUCCACGGAUACGACCUGCUUACGCGAGGCCUUCCGCAACCCGCCUCGUAGCGGCGGCAAGUCCUUCAGCACGUUUGCCAUCUACGAGCUGGUCCGCAAGUUCUACAACGGCGAUAUACGCACGUGGACAGAGCUGACGACAAAGCUUGGAGUUGAGCCUCCAGACCCCAACAAGGAGGAGAGCGCACAAAAGGUGGCACAGUAUGGGGUCAGGUUGAAGAAAUGGAUGAAUUCCAUGCACGUCAAGGCCUUUUUCGAGUAUCUCAUGGACAUACCCAAUGAUUACUGGACAAGGAUACCCACAGACAGCAAUCCUACCAGCCAGCCCAUACGGGAUGGCGUGGCUCUCGAGGAUGACAUGGCCCUGAGGGCACUAUUCCCACAUAUCCGGCCCAAGAGAGGUCGAAAGCGUCCAGUAGAAGAUGACACGGCCACUUCUCUAUCUCCUGCGCCAACUCAGGCUCAAAUCCAGACCCAUGGCCAUAGCCAUAGGUCUCACCUUGCCCCAUCGUCAGCUGUUGACGGAGUAAGCGGUCCCAUGUCAGCAGAUCCAUCGAGAUUAACUGGUGCACCCUGGACACCAAGUGACAUUCAACAAACUCCGCUCUUCCGAUGGCCACAGUCUGCCAUUACACCAACGUCACGAAACUCUUUCUGGGAUGAUGCUCUUGAACCGCAGUCUGCUGUGACGCCGUCCAGGCCGAAACUCGCUACCCAGCGUAGAGGUCCCAAGAAUGUCUCUUCGGCUUGGCGACCUGGAGUUGCCAACGGCACUGUCAAACCAAGAGGAAGACCACCAAUGAACAGAACUUCUGUUGAUGUAUCUCUGCCACCCUUUUCAGUUGGAACUACCACUGCUACAACUACAGAUGAAGCCGAGUCUGAACCUGCCGCCCCCAUCUACACUCCGCCAGUCUCAGUGGCUCCUAAGACAGAUGACGGACCGCCUGGAGGUCCCGUCUCGAUCCCUUCGAUUACAUCACAGCCGCAUCCUAUUCCACCACGGCCUAGCCGGCCAAGUAUAUCUUUGACAGUUCCCAACCGGCCUUCUGGCAGUGUGAGACUUGCAACUCCUCCUCCGCCAGUCGUCGUCAUCAACGGACAGCCCAGUGAGACUCAACGUUAUCCGCACCCAGCAUACAGCGGCAUCCCACCGUCACACUUCUCAAAAGCUACGCAAGAAGCCGCUGCGACGAGUCGACAGCGGGCUCAGAACGAAGAAGAAAUGACACAUCCCAAAGACGUCCCUCGGUUCUACUUUGAGAGACUCGAGGAUCGGACGAACGUGGACGAAGUCAUUGCAUACAUGAUGCGCGGGUGCUUCGCAGCAAUCUGGCUAGAUGCUGAAGACAAUCCGGCUCAUGUUUGUACAACCCACGAAGCCAUGGCCAUCACCAACUGCAUUCUCGAAGAGAUGUACAAAACCGCUAUAUCACCACAAGCCUUUCUGAUCAACCUAGCAGCCGUGACAGGAGGCGGGUACCUUCUGUCCGGGAAGAGCAAGAUCAAGCGCCUGGGCGUAAAUGACGGCGCAAUGAAGUAUAGCUGCGAGUGGGAGUACGGUUUCGGGCAUUUCAGGGGCACGUAUCAUAUGGAACAGAUCGUGCCGCUGGAGCUGCUCGAGGAGCAAGAUGCGAGUCUAGAGCCGACAUCUGAAGGAUCGGGAACAAAGCUCUCGACGGAUGAGUGGCAGGCAAAGUACGAGAAUUUACUCAUGGCAAUGGGUGAGAAGGAUAAGAAGUUUAUGGACCUGAGGACCAAGGUGACGGAUCUUUUGAAGCAGCCACCAAAGAAAUGA